AUGGAGAGUAAUACUACUCAGAAGCUGAAAAACAAAAAGUAUGGCAACAAGAAACGAGGACCAACUCGUCCACAAUAUUCAAAAGACAAGAAAUUAAACUCCAAACUACAAAGACUCGAAGAACAAUACAAAGAUGCAAUAAAGUCAAAAGCAGGAACCGAUUAUCUUCUUCAAGAAGAAGCUGGGUUUUUAGAAGCCGAUGGUCCUAUGGAAAAAACAUUCAAAAUCAAACAAGAUGAAAUAGUUAAAGAAGUGGAUGCAAGUAUGGCCAAUAAAAAGUUUGAGUUAAAAUUACCAGAAUUUGGACCUUACCAAAUAGAUUUUACAAGAAAUGGUAGAGAUCUACUAUUGGGAGGCAAAAAGGGUCAUGUGGCAUCAAUCGAUUGGAGAACUGGAACUCUAGGUUGUGAACUACAUUUGAAUGAAACAGUCAAUGCAGUGAAAUAUUUGCAUAAUGACCAAUACUUCGCGGUUGCCCAAAAGAAGUAUACUUUCAUCUAUGAUAAGGAAGGAACUGAGAUUCAUAGACUAAAACAACAUAUAGAAGCAACUUUAUUAGAUUUUUUGGCAUAUCAUUUCUUAUUAGUGAGUGCAGGUAAUACUGGAUUUUUAAAAUACACAGAUGUUUCCACAGGUCAAUUGGUUAGUGAAAUAAGGACGAAAUUGGGCCCAACACUUGCAAUGAAACAAAAUCCAUGGAAUGCGGUAAUGCAUUUAGGUCAUGGGAAUGGUCAAAUAACAUUAUGGGCCCCAAAUAAUCCAGAACCAUUAGUCAAAUUACAAUCUUCACGAGGACCAAUACGAGAUUUGGCUAUUGAUAGAGAAGGUAAAUACAUGGCCGUAGCUGGUGCUGACAAAACAUUAAAAAUCUGGGAUAUACGAAAGUUUAAAGAAGUAGAUCAAUAUUAUACACAAACUCCAGCAACUUCAUUAGACAUAUCGGAUAGUGGUUUAUUAUCAGUAGGAUGGGGACCACACGUUACAAUAUGGAAAAACAUGUUUAAAGGAAAUCAUCAAGCUGACCCAUAUAUGAAUCAUUUAAUACCAGGGUCGAAAGUGGAUAAAGUUAAAUUUGCUCCAUUUGAAGAUAUAUUAGGAGUUGGUCAUCAAGAAGGAUAUAGUUCAAUAAUUGUUCCUGGUGCCGGUGAAGCUAAUUACGAUGCAUUAGAAUUGAAUCCAUUUGAAACUACAAAACAAAGACAAGAACAAGAAGUUAAAUCAUUGCUUAAUAAACUUCCUUCAGAUACUAUCACAUUGGAUCCAAAUGUUAUUGGUACUGUUGACAAGCGUGCAAAAUCAAUACGAUUAAAACCUGGUGAAAUUAAUACUUUAGGAGAUCUGGAAUCAAGUAAUAAUAAGAUGGAACUUCGACCUGAUGUUAAAAGUAAAAACUCAGCAUUGCGUAAACAUUUGAGAAGGAAAAGAGAAAAUGUAAUUGAUCAAAGAAAAUUGAGAAUUGAAAAGAAUUUGAGGAACGAAAAAGAAGCAAGAGCAAGACGAGCAGCUUUGGCUCAAGGAAUACCAGAGGAGUCGGAUGCGUUAGAUUCUGCAUUAUCAAGAUUCAAAUAG